ACUGUAUGGAAAGAGUUUUAUCCAAGUUCGUUUCCUCCAAUCGUCAAAUUGCCAGCUUUGUUCGACCCUCGACAUAAUCCACAAUAAAAAUUUAAUAAAUCGUUCACUUUCGGAUUUAAAGUAAAGUCGAAGGAGGUAGAUGCUCCAACAGUUACCAGCUGGUGCUUUUGCUCCAUGGACACAAUUAAACAAGGGUGCUUCAAUGGGCGUCGGGGAAUUUAAGAUGUCUCGGAUUCCAGUUCUGAGGUCAAGUUUCCAUGGGCUCAAGGUUGAGAUUGCGUACAACAAUGCUAUUGCCAAAACAAGACCAAGGAUCUUCUUCUGUACAUUUAGAAGCCCUUAUCGAGGCCGUAACACACUAAAGAAACACGAAAUAAUACCUCAGAACACAGAUCUUCCACCUGCGCUGCCCAAAAAGAAGAAAAAGCCGUACCCCGUUCCUCUAAAGAAAAUUCAACAAGCAGCAAGAGCCGACAAGAAGCUAGCAGAAAUGGGCAUCGAGAAACCGCUCGAGCCUCCCAAAAACGGACUUCUCGCACAAGACCUAAUUCCAGUCGCUUAUCAAGUACUCGACUCUUGGAAAGUCUUGAUUAAAGGGCUCGCACAGCUCAUGCACGUUGUUCCCGUCCAUGCUUGUAGCGAAUGCUCGGAAAUUCACGUAGGGUUAAUUGGCCACGACAUUCAAGACUGCCGCGGCACGACAAGCGGGGCCCGCAGAAGCCACCACUUGUGGAUAAAGGCCUCUAUCAACGACGUGCUUAUCCCCAUCGAGUCGUACCACAUGUUCGAUCCAUUCGGCCGGCGAAUCAAGCAUGAAACUCGAUUCAACUACGAUAGAAUCCCCGCCGUGGUCGAACUCUGCAUCCAAGCUGGUGUAGAAUUACAAGAAUACCCUUCUAGGAGGCGGACAGAGCCGAUCCGGAUGAUCGGCCGGAAGGUGAUCGAAAUGGGCGGCAUCGUGGAGGAGCCGCCACUAUGCGGCUCGCUGGUGGCGGAGCUCGACACCCACUCCGCCUCCGGGAGGUUUCCGCCCCCGUCGAAGGAGGAGGUUCCAGCGGUUGCGCGGGAGACUCUCUUUGCGUACGAAAGGGUGAAGUGGGGGGUGAGGAAGUUGAUGAGGAAGUACACGGUGAAGGCGUGCGGGUAUUGCUCGGAGGUGCACGUGGGCCCGUGGGGCCACAACGCGAAGCUCUGCGGGGAGUUUAAGCAUCAGUGGAGGGAUGGGAAGCAUGGUUGGCAGGAUGCCACGGUGGAUGAGGUGUUCCCGCCAAAUUACGUUUGGCACGUGGAGGAUCCGACGGGACCCGCACUGACGAGCGGGCUCAAGAGAUUCUACGGUAAGGCUCCGGCGGUGGUGGAGGUGUGCGUGCAGGCGGGGGCGAGUGUGCCGGAGAAGUAUAAGCCGAUGAUGAGGCUCGAUAUUGUGGUGCCGGAAGAUGAGGAGGCUCGAUUGAUUGCGUAGAACGUUACUAUUGGUGCUAUGAUGUACAAAUACCCAUAGUCUUGUAGUGCAUUCAACAUUACAUAAACACCUGUAAUAUUAAACAUACUUAAUCUUAUCUCGUUUUUGUUUUUGGUUUGUUUUGCGCGAGUAUUACACAUGACUUAUUUAUUGAAAUCUGUAGC